GCCAUCACUUAUCAAGACUCUGAGUGCCAUAAUAAUUAAGACAGCUUCUGUCCGAUAACAAAAUACCUAACGAUAUGAACGGAAAGAGAGAUAUCGGAGCAGCGGUAUACAGGUAUGGAAGUGGCCGGGUGUGCCAGAAGACUGAUUUCGACACCACCUGCCAAUAAUCUAGCUGUCAUUAUAAAACCAACCAUUCGGUUAACCGGUAUCGAUACAAUGAGACAGAAGGGAUGUUGGCCAAAUUUCAAAACCACUCUAAGCGAACAAUUUCAAUUGGAAAACAUUCGAUUGGGUCAUUAUCCAGUUGAGGAUUUUUACAAAUCACAAUGGCAAUCAGCUGACAGAUCUUUCUGGUUUCUUUUGUAUCGAUGGUGUGUGGCAGGAUUUUACAUUGCUGCUGGUAUCGCUUGUGCAAUAGCGCUCUUCGACAAUGCACGGUUCUUCAUCUAUCUCACGGAUUGGGGUUUUAUCUUGUGUAUGAUUGCAACGACUUAUGGAGCUGUUCUCACCACGCUGUGGCAUUUUGACAGAGUGGACGGAGUUGAACAAGGUUGGAGUAUUAAAAUAUUUUGGAUAAUUCAUUGGUCUGCCUUGGUGCUAUCAUGUGUAAUUACUUUGAUGUUCUGGACGUUAUUACUGCCACUCGAACCAUCUUUAGGUGGAGAUCCUUAUAAUAUCCUUCAACACGCAGCUAAUUCAAUUGUUAUGAUAAUGGAUCAUUUUGUUGUUGCGUUCCCCUCGCGCAUACUUCACUUUAUCUAUCCUUUGGCAAUUGGCAUGGUGUACUUAUUAUUUUCAUUAAUUUAUUAUUUUGCUGGAGGAACUGGACCAGGAGGAGUUUCAUUCAUUUAUCCAAUUCUUGAUUGGGGAGAAUCUCCAUUGAUGGCAUGUCUCUCCGUUAUUGUGGCGGUAAUCUGUUCCUUUAUAUUUGCCUUUAUACUGUUUUGGCUCUAUAAAUUAAGGGUUUAUUUGUAUAAGACCUUUGCAAAUGCUCAAAAACCCCACACGAUACAUUAUUGAAAAAUGUUUGUUGCUAGUUUUAUUUAAGGAUUUUUUUUAAUAAAUUUUACUUUUUACGAAAAUAAGCAUGA